AUGGCGUCAGACUCGCCGAGCCUCGAGGCUCGCGAGUUGAGUCUGAUAGGCAAGGUUGAAUUCAGGAUCGCCAUGGCCGACUCGGACGAGAAGCUUCAAUCCUUGCUCCAGACAUAUCUGGCUCCUCUUCUGCUGAAGCUCUCAUCAGACAGUGUUGCGGUACGCAACAAAGUCAUCGCUGUCUGCCAGCAUGUCAACGCUCGGGUCAAGGCCCCCUCCAUCCAGCUCCCAGUCGCGGCAUUGUUGAAGCAAUUCAAAGAACAAAAGUCGCAGCUUGUUCGCCAUUUCGACUUGAUGUAUGCCCAGCAAGGCAUAGACCGCCUUGGCUCAGUGGCCAGGGUGGACAUCCUGCCCCCGUUACUCCAGGGAAUCGCCGAGAUUGGGACCUCGGUAACGCAGGGUGCCAUCGUGUUCAACCUUGUGCUGCGACUUUUACCUCUUUUCAAGUUGCCCUCGAAGGGUAGUGAUGAGGACCAGAAACUAAAAGACCGCUUGGGCCUAUCCGAUGAAGACACACGCUUUUUGUCCUUCUGGCUGACCAAACUGCUCCUUCUUUCUCCUGCGGCCGCAGAGGCUCGGACGUGCCCCGGCCUGUCCCCGGAAGAAUACACAUUCUUGAACAAGGAUGCACCUGCCAAUGAAACAUGGAAUCCUGCAGCUGCGGGUGGCUUGAAUCUGACCGAAACCAAAGUCACCGCUCUCCGCUUCCUCGGAAGUGGUGCAUUUGCUGAUUCCCAAAGAUUCAUACCUUCCCUGAUUGCUUCUGCGGACACGAACUCACGGCUAGCUGAUCUGGGCGAUGAAACUCUGAAGAGAUUUGCUGUUGAUCUUGAAGAGUCGGCGGUCGUGGAGCAGCUGUAUGAUCUGUAUUUCGGUGCCGGGAACGCGGACGGGGCGCCUGCAAACACUCAAAGAAUCUUCAAGCUCAUCGAAGAUGGGCUUCUAUCAGACGCUGCAAGAUCCGCCCAGGGCCUACAAGCGUCCAAACUAAGAACACAAAUAUUCACAUUCACGACAUGGGUCGUCCGUAUGGGCUCUCCAUCUGAUCUCAAACAAAUUGCUCCCAAUCUGAUUGCCGGCUUAAGGGAUUUCAUUCAGUCUCAAGGAUGGCCAAGUCCCGGCGCCAGUGGACAACGGCUGCCCGCCACUGAUCUGAGCUUACGGGGCCUUGCCUAUGAAAGUAUCGGUAUCAUGGUUCCUAAGGUCGACUUCCAGCUACGCGAUGAAACCGGCGAAAACUUUGAAUUUGAUCUCGUGCGAUGGCUGUUUACUUCACUCAGCUCUGAUGACUCGAGCCCGCAGAUCUUCGUCAGUAUUGACCAAGCGCUGGGAAGCAUCCUGAAUUCAUCGUUGGACAGCCACGACAAGGGGUUUCAGGAUCAGCUACGUCCGUUCUUGGUUAAUCAGAUGGGACUCCAUCAGGGAGAUACUGACCCAGACACUGGAUUCGAUGUGGUUCGGGGUGUUCAGUAUGCUGCUGUACGAUUCGCCAAUCGAUUCCUUCCGUACAACGACGUGGUGGCUCGCUGGGUCGAUCUUAUGGCCAUCUCCAGAGGCCCGGAAAGGCAACAGGAGAUUGUGGAAGAAGGCAAGAAAGGCCUCCAUCCCUACUGGUUCCGACUCCUUAAUCCGACUCAAGACAAGAAAUGGGGAGCGACCUCGGCCAUCCAAGAGCGUGACGAGUCUUGGUUUGAGUUUCCCAAGUUUGCUAAUGCGACUCGAUUUCUAUUCGGUUCAGAGGAGCAAGAUGCAUCCUCGGUGGUUCAGGGUGUAUCUACACCGCAACUCCUCUCCGGUCCCUACAAGAAUGCAUUUGCGCCAGCUGUUGCAUUCCUUCGGAAUGCAUUGCUCUCAGAGGCAUUUUCCACUGCGGGGAUUACUACCGACCUUGAACAAGACUGGGACUACAAACUUGAGGUUGAGCUCUCUACAAGCGAAGAAGCACGGUCUGCUGUGCGGCAGUAUAUCCGCAGCUCCGCUAAGGAACCUGUCUCUGCAUUCCUCUCCGGAAUUCUCCAUGGGCUUGUCAGAGAGGACGUUCCUGACUUGCGUCAAUGCGGAGUAAACUUCGUGGAGAUUUGCUCAUUGGCCCCGAACGAUGUGGUUGAACACCUGAUUCCGCUCGCCCAAUCAUUGACCAGGCCCAUCUUCAGCAACAACCAAGACAUGCAGGGCCUCGCAGCCCGGGCCUUCGGCAUUCUAGUGUCCCACCCCGCCUUCCCCGAUAGCACGUUGAACAACUUCGUUACCGAGCUAGCUGGUACCGUCGGGUCAUGGAGCACCGCUAUCGGUGAAGCUGCGCUGCGAGUCCGUGGAGCGGUCCUGUCAUUAUCAUAUCUGCUAAGCAGACUUGCUUACAGGAAGCUCCUGGGGAAGGUCCCUGAGACCCAGGUUAAACAGUUCAUCGACACCGUGUUAGACAUUAUUGAUCUUUCUCACGAUAAGCUCCUUCAGCGAACCGCAGAGCUAGCCCUGGGCCAACUCAGUCUCUCCGGUAUCCUUUCGCUCCAGACUCUGCAAGAGGAUGGCUGGAAGAAGCUUCAGAAGAAGCUGUCCAGUGAUGCCAAGUCCGAGAAUGAUACUCCUAUCUCCGCCUUGGGUCUACUGACAUUAACAUUUUCCCGAGCUCAACCGGAUGCCUCUUUGUUUAGCGACCUCUUGGCAUCCCUUUACAGUCUUCACGAAGUCAAAAGCCCCGAGGUCCAGUUCACCAUAGGUGAAGCACUUAGCAACGUUGCGGUUGGGUGGGAUUCCCGAGCCUUGGUCCAGGAAUUUGAUGUUGAUGCAGUGUUCCCCCGAUCAGAUGUACCACGCACCGUAUUUGCGGCUGUGUGCGACAAGCUCAUUGCAGAUUGUGGCGCCUCCAAGCCCUCUCUGCGGAAAGCGUCGGCUAUAUGGCUCUUGUCACUCGUGAAGAACUGUGGACACCUGCAGGAGAUGCAGGAACGCCUACGUAGGUGUCAAGCCACAUUUACCAGCCUCCUGGGCAGCCGCGAUGAGGUGGUACAAGAGACUGGCGCUCACGGUCUUAGUCUCGUCUACGAGAUAGGCGAUCAGUUCCUGAAGGAUGACUUGGUGCGCGACCUGGUGGAUUCUUUUACCGCGACGGGGUCUAAUCUCGGGGGUGGCAAUGUCACGGGGGACACCCAGUUGUUUGAGCCGGGGGCUCUGCCGACGGGUGAAGGAUCGUCAGUCAACACCUACAAGGACAUCAUGAAUCUGGCCGCCGAGGCUGGAGACCCAACCCUGGUUUACCGGUUCAUGUCGAUGGCCUCCAAUAAUGCCCUCUGGACGAAUCGGGCUGCAUUCGGUCGAUUCGGCAUCAGUACGAUCUUCUCCGACUCAAGCGUCGAUGGCUAUCUUGCCAAGAACCCCAAGAUCUACCCCAAGCUCUUCCGCUACCGCUUCGAUCCUAACCCCAAUGUUCAGCGGUCCAUGAACACCAUCUGGCAGGCCCUCGUCAAGGACCCCACGGUGGUGGUUGACACCCACUUUGACCAGAUUAUGGAAGAUCUCCUCAAAAGCAUGCUUUCGGGGCGCGAGUGGCGUGUUCGCCAGGCAAGUUGUGCCGCGGUGGCGGAUCUUGUCUCGGGACGGCGCCCCGAGAAGUACGCCCAGUAUCUCGAUGAGAUCUAUGGCAAGGCAUUUAAGCUUUUGGAUGAUAUUAAGGAGUCGGUGCGUGUGGCCGCUCUCAAGCUCUGCCAGACGAUCACCAAUUCUGUGAUCCGCACGCUUGAGACCAAUGGCUCCGAGAAACGUGCAGGUAUUCUACUUGGCAGUGCCGUCCCCUUCCUCCUUAGCGACAAGGGCCUUGAUUCCAGUGUGGAGGAAGUACGAGGAUACGCCAUCGGCGCUCUGGUGCAGAUUAUCAAGAAGAGCCCUGGUACGCUGCUGCAUCCCUUCGUACCCAGCAUCCUUGAGAAAUUUUUGAGCUCUCUCAGUGCCCUUGAACCCCAGGCCGUCAAUUACGUUCAUCUCAACGCAGACAAGUAUGGUCUGACCGGCCAAGAGAUCGACAAAAUGCGUCUGUCCAGCAUCCGCACUUCCCCCAUGAUGGAGGUGAUUGAGCGAUACCUAAUCGACCACUUGGACGAGGACAAUCUGAAGGAGCUGGCCCCCAAGCUGGAAGACACCCUUCGCUCGGCCGUGGGUCUCCCCUCCAAGGUGGGCUGCAGCCGCGUCCUAGUCCUGCUAAGCAUGAAGAGCCUCCUGUUCCGCCCCUACGCCGACCGGUUCAUCCAGCUCCUCGGCAAGUACGUCGUCGACCGCAACGAGACGGUCAGCGCCUCCUACUGUACAUCCAUGGGCUAUCUCCUGCGCUUGGCAUCCGAUGACCGGGUCCUGAAGACGAUCGACUACGCCAAGAACCUCUAUCUCAACGCCGACGACGCGACCACGCGGACCAUCGCCGCCGAAAUCCUGUACUCGGCCUCCAAGCUGUCCAACGACCGGUUCAUGGCCUUCGCCACGGCAGCCCUCCCAUUCGUCUUCGUCUGCAAGCAUGAUGCUGACGAGCACGUGAAGGAGGAGUUCGACAAGACGUGGCAGGACAAUGUGGGUGGCAACCGUGCCGUGUCGCUGUAUCUCCGCGAAAUCGUGGGCCUGGUUGCCGACAACUUGGAUUCGGCGCGGUGGGCCAUCAAGCACACAGCGGCGCGGGCGAUUGCUCAGGCGGUGCUGUCGCUUGAAGGGGAGCUCGACCUCCCGACGGCGCAAUUGGUGUGGCCGGUGCUGGAAAAGGCCCUGUCGGGCAAGACAUGGGACGGGAAAGAAGUAGUGCUGACAGCGCUGGUGAAGUUUGCGCGCUCCGGUCGGGCACUGUGGACGUCGCGAGCAGAUUUGGCGGAGCUACUGAAGACCAUCGCCGUGCGCGAAGCGAAGCGGACUAACGCAACCUACCGGCCGCAUGCCCUGCGGGCCUUGGGGCAAAUUUCGCAGGCCCGCGAGAUGGACUUGAUGCCUGAUGCACUUGCGAUUGUGGGCCCCGUCAUCGACGAGGUUAGCGAGGAAGAGAAGGGCCCGGAUAAGAUGGAGAUUGACUCCGGCAGCGGGCGAGACGCGGCGGAGACCUUGGCUGCGGGCGUGCAGUGCCUGCUGCAAUGUCUAAACCCCGCUACGGCCGGGUCCGGCAAAGUGCUGGGAGGAUACGUACGACAGGUGAUCGGUCCGUUGGACCAGGCCCUGACCCACGGGGCCCGAGAGCUCGUUCGCACGGCCUACCAGGAGCUCCAGGCGUUCUUUACCCGAGUGGAUCAGUGGCCGGGCUUCACAGAGGCUGCUGCGCCCGGUGAGAACGAUUCAGCGCAACAGCCACCGCCGGCGCCACGGCCAGAGCCAGAACCAGUCCUGGCGGGCCCUAUGCGAGCGCUGGCUGGUCUGCUUACGCGCGACCGGGAUGCGGUCGAGGUGGUGCGCAAGGGUCGCGCGGAGGCCCUUCUGGCGUACCUGAACCUGCCGCCCGAGGUUCGCGGGGUGCCUGAGGCGCAGCUGGGCGUAUCGCUGCGCGGGUGGAGGGCUGCCGAGCGAUCGAGUCCCGUCCAGCGCCUGCUGGACGAGGCGUUGGCGGUGGUGGGUUGA